CAACAGUUUCUAUUCAAGAUCUGUGUUUCAGUCUUCAUGCUCACACUACAGACAGAGGUCUCUGGUUGGCAGACAGUCACAUGAACACACACAAACAAACACACACAUGUCCACUGAAGACAAGCAGAGGUGCUGGUUUGUGAUCAUACUGAAGAACAGAUUAACAAUCAACAGCUUCUAACGCAUACAAGAAAGAGCAGGAGAGAGACAUGUCGUCCUGUGUGGUGAAGUCCAGGAGUAAAAACCCGUACACGGCGGUGAAGGUGGACCCGGACAGUGAUUACUUCACACCAGGAACAUUGGACCUGGAGCAGCUAUUCUGGGCCGGCAGCAUGGCUCAGUAUGCACAUGUGAACCAGGUGUGGCCCAACGUCUACAUCGGGGAUGAGAAAACAGCUCUGGAGCGGCCCGGCCUCAGAGAACUGGGUGUCACACAUGUGCUGAAUGCUGCAGAGGGGAAGUGGAAUAAUGUGCUGACUGGUGCUGAUUACUACACUGACAUGAACAUCCAGUACUUGGGUGUGGAGGCAGAUGACAAACCAACCUUCAACAUCUCCCAGUACUUCUGUUCUGCGGCCCAGUUCAUCCAUGAGGCCCUCGUUCACCCAGAGAACAAGGUGCUGGUGCACUGUGUGAUGGGUCGGAGCAGGUCGGCCACUCUGGUGUUGGCGUACCUGAUGAUGAAACACAGCUUGACUGUGGUGGACGCAAUUGAGCAUGUGCGACAGCGGCGUUGUAUCCUGCCCAAUCACGGCUUCCUAAAGCAGCUCAGAGCCCUGGACAUCUCACUACAAGAGGAGAGGCUCAGAGAAAAAAGAGAGAUGCAAGAUCAAAUGUAGAUGAUAUAUAGAUAAUAAUCAAUCUCAGGUAUUUAUAUGUUCAUCAGCUAUUGUAUCAAUAAAUUCUGUUUUUUCAUAACUAUAUCAUUUAGGAUAAAGUUCAAAUGGAAUUUUUUUUUUCUCAAGGGCUCAGUGAUGUUUUUCAUCAUCAGCUACUGCUACAAGUAGAUCCAGAUCAGUGCAUAAAGGGCCUGGCACUGAUCAGAAUGAAAUGAUCACAUGACCACACAGAUGCUUCAGCUCUUCCUCUGUAUUCAGCAGCCGAUCUGCGAUUCUGUUCUAAUAUGGUUCUAAGUGUGAUAUCAACCAAACUAUGGUUAACACUCACUCCGAGGAAAGUUGAUAAUCAGUAAAAUCAAGCUUGUGUGUUUUGUUCAUUUCAGACUUUAAGGUCAGGCACAAAGAUAGAUGACUGAGUAUUCUGAGACAUUAAGUAUUUUAACACCAGAUAUAAAAAGUUCCGAUCCACAUUGCAUUAGUUCUGAUGUUUGUAAUAAUAAGAAAACGACACGUACUUCUUUCAGAUUAUGUCUAUUUUCAGGUUCAUUUUAAUACCCACUGUAUUACUCGAACAGAGAACACUCAGAUACAAUGACGUGUAUCCAUGCUUCAGUCCCACAAGCACCAGUUGCUCAUUACUGGUUGAUCUGUAGGCCUCCACUAAUCAAUACUCCAAGCUUCGUAACGUUUACAGUGAUGGAAUAGAAAAAAAAGGCACUUAUCAUUAGAAACCACAAACAUUGAAGGUAACUUCUGGGAUCACAGACAUGGUACAUGUGACAUUUAACAGUGAUCACAUGGACGCAGCAGUGGGCAGAGGCUUUUACACAAUUAAAAAAAACAGUGUGCACUUAAAA